GCGACCUCCCAUUGGCCUGCUCUUGCUAGGAGGCGGGGAGAAGGGGACAGGGCGUCAGGCGGACGUCCAGCCAAUCGCCGGGCCCACCGCGCGCGCCCCUGGUUGCCCCUGGAAACUUAACAGCCUGCAGCCGGGGUCCGCGGCGCCGGCCCGGAGGGAGGGAGAUGGACGACCGCUCCGACCACACUGGCGACCCCGAGAAGGAAGAUGGAGAUGUGGAGAGCCUGGCCUCACGGCUGUCCGGGAUCAAAACCAGCUCUGGCCCCCAGUCCCCGGCCGAACCCGCGGAGCCGGAGCCGGAGGCCGUAGAGGCUUCAGAGGAAGGCGCCGAGCCGGCCGAGUCCCAGGAACGGCCGGCUGCCACCGAGGUUGCUGACGAGAAGGGGCCCGGAGAGCCGGAGUGGCCGGCCGAGGCCGAGGCGGAGGCCGAGCCAGGGGACCUGGCGGAGGCCGGGCCUGAGGAGCCAGCCAAGCCGGAGCCCGAAGGCGGCCCCGAGGAACCAGAGAAGGAGGAGUGGGAGGAGAAGGAGGAGUGGGAGGAGGAGGAGGACGAGGACGAGGAGGAGGCGGAGGUGGCGGCGGAGCCGAGGAGGAAGGAAAUCCCAUCGCAGGUCUCUCUGCAGCAGGCCACGGCCGGCAAGGAAGAGGCUGCGCCAGGUCGAGAGGCUGAGCGCGAAGGACAGCUGGCGGAGGAAGGAGAAGAGAGCGAGGAGAGCGAGAAGAAGCUCGUGCAAGGAGGCCUGGGGAAGACCGAGGACGAGCUGGGGGAUUUGGACGAGGGGCUAGAGCUUGGGAGUUGCGAUUGGACUGAGGAGGUGCAGACGCAGCAGGAGCAGCAGCUGCGCGCCGAGCUCCUGGAACAGUACCGCUCCCUGAUGGUGGCGCGAGGCCGCUACCAGCGCUACAACAUCUACCUGCAGCACAAGAUCUUCGAGGCGCUGCGCAAGAAGAAGGGCCUGGAUGCAGCCGAGGUGCCCGAGAAGGGCGCGGAGCCUGAGGCCCCCGAGAAAGAGCAAGCAUACCUACGCCAUCUGGCCAUGCUGGAGGAUCUGAGGAAGCAGGAGUCAGAUGACCUGCGCUGGUACCACCGCGAGCUGGACCAGCUGAAGCAGCAGUGCAAAGAGAAGCUCUCCCGGGCGGAGAAGGAAUGGCGACGCUUGCAGGCACUCAAGAAGCAGGUGGUGAUGCAGGCCAUGGGCAGCUGUCGGACGAGGGGUGGUCGCCAGGCCGCUCUGCGAGAGGUGGAGCAGAUCCAGGCGUUGGAGGAUAAGAAGGAGAAGGAGAUAAGCGCCGUGAGGCUAGAGAACGUGCAGCUGAAGCAGAGUUUGGUGCAUUUUGAAAACAGGAUGAGGGCCCAGGAGGACCUGACAGAGGGCCUGCUCCUGAUAGAUUUUGAACAGCUUAAGAUUGAGAACCAGACCUUCAAUGAGAAAGUCGAGGAGCGAAAUGAGGCGCUUUUGAAACUGCGCAGCAAGGUGACCAACAAUGUGCAAAUAAUAACCCAUGUGAAGGAAAAGUUACACUUUGUGGACAUAGAAAAUGCAUGUAAAAAGUCAGAGCUUAUGGAGAUUGAGACUCAGGUGGCCCUAAAGAGGGACAUCUUGACCAAGACUAAGCAAGCCCGAGACAGCCUGCGGAUUGACAACAUCAAGCUGAAUCAGAAGUGCGGGCUUCUGGGCAAGGAAGCACUCCUUCGGGACAUGGAAGAGAAGGUGGACAGGACUGAAGAGCUCAACCAGCGCUUGGAAGCCCUGAAGCACCAUCACGCUGGGCUUAUUCUGUCCUGCAGAGGCGUGAAGCAGAAGAUCAGGGAGGCCAAAGCCUUUCUGCCUUCUUGACGGGAAGAGUCAGCAGAACGUCUUCAAUCUCAGCAAACUUCAUCCUUCGUUAACUCUUAUUCUCCAUUUCUUGCCAUUCUUACAAAGGCCUAUGAUGUUUGGGAUGGAAUUGUGUUUUGUAUUCUUAAUUUUUCAGCUUCCCAAUUAGUGCUGUGCACAAAAUUGAGUUAGCACUCAGUUCAUACAGGGUUAAGUAAAAUGGGUACAGAGGAACAAACAGGGAUGACUUACUCCUCAUAAAAAGCUGUCAAAAGCCCUUUUAUAUCUGAGCAAUUCCAUAAUUUCAGUGUCCUGACACUGAGGAGAACUGUUCUUCCUCCAUGUGUGAGAGGGUUCGACAAAUGGGCAGGGUGCCAACAACAUUCCUGUGCAUUAAGCUCAGUGUGAAAUCCCCUGUGAAUGCACUGAACUGUGUGGUCCUGAGUCGCCGGCUCAGUUCGAACCUCACUAACUCCCUUAGUCUAAAAUUGUUAUGCAUGUAAGUAGCACUAGCUUCUGGGGUAAUAAAAAAAUAGCCAGGAACAGGAGGAAUGAGAACCAGGGAAAGGAGCUGACGUUCCUUCGUCUCUCCUUUUCCAAUGAAAGGAGGCUCAGUCUGUCUGCUUAACUGUGAAUGUUUGUUUCUGGCUCAACGAGUCUUCAAUUCUAAUGAAACGUUUUCUUGGAUCCACGAAAGAAAUGCAUUGAUCUGUGCCAAAAAAUGAAAUUUUGUUUUCCAGUGAAGACAGAAUGGUGACUGUAUUGUGUAUUUCGCCAGGUGCAAAAUAUACGGACUGGCGACUGCCGACUGUCCAUAAGCCUUCUGUUUUCCGCGAGAUAUUUUCAGAUCUUGGACCCUCACUGUGCACAUGAUUUUCCUCUGUAUCAAAUAUUAAAAUGUCUCUCAUUCCUUGAGUUCAUGUAAGAAACCCCUGGUAGGUCUAUCUCCUUAACCUGGAAUCAGUGAUGAAUAUUUUCCGGUUUCUUUGAUGCUUUUGGGAGCUAGGGGCUUGGUUUUAUUUCUUCUUAAUCUUAGCUUGAAUUUUGAGAUGUGCAGAUUUGGGAUUAACAGUAUUCUCUCAUCCCUAAACUUAAGAAUAAGAAAGAUCAUAAGAAGGGUGAUCUCUUUUUUGGUGCUAAACACCUUUAGAAACCCUUCUUUCUCUAGGCAGAUGACUCAGUUGGUUGUGAGAAAAUCACAAUAACUUUCAUCUUUUGAUGACAUGAUUUUGUUUUCUAAAGUGUGUUCCCCUUA